UUGUUUUAUUCAAAAGAGGAAAAAGAAUUAAAAAUUACCUCAAAAUAUCGCUUAUUUUGGUUAUAUUUAGCUCACAUUUAUAGCGAAGUAAAACCAAAUAUAUAUAUAUAUAUAGUAUUUUUACGUUGAUACCAUGUUAAUCAAAGUGAAGACCCUAACGGGAAAGGAGAUUGAAAUUGAUAUAGAACCUACUGACAAGGUUGAACGAAUAAAAGAAAGAGUUGAAGAAAAAGAAGGAAUCCCUCCCCCACAACAGAGAUUAAUCUUCAGUGGUAAACAAAUGAAUGAUGAGAAAACAGCUUCAGAUUACAAGAUUCAGGGUGGAUCAGUUCUACAUUUAGUUCUUGCUCUAAGAGGAGGGAAUACUUUGUAGUGUAAGAAAGUAUAUAUAGUAG